ACACUUGCAACACUUGUUUGUAAGGGAAAAAAAAGAGACGGAGAAAAAAAUAAAUAACGAUUAUAUUGAUAACAUGGAAAUGGAGUGAAACUAUUCAGUGACAAUGUGUAGGUUUGCUUCAGUCUUAAACUCUAGACUGUCCACUGUCACUGACAGACUAUGUCACAGAGACUCAGAGUGUCUAUUCAGACUCUUGACUCUUGUUUUAUUUGAGUAAGACUUAAUUAAAAAGACUUGUUUACACUGGGGAUUUUAUCCAGGGAGAUAUAUAUUGCAAAUAAGAAACAUUAAUUAAAGAUAUGAAAAUUUUGUUUUUUGGCAUAGAACUGUAUAUGCUUGUCCUUGGGGUUGUUUCUGGCCUGGAAGAUGGUCGGGAGGACUGGAUUGAUCCCAAUGACAUGCUCAACUAUGAUCCAUCUACAAAUACAAUGCUGAAAAAAGAUAAGAUGGUUUUCACCAAACAAGCAGGUGUCAAUGGUGAUGCAGAGACAAAGUCUGUCCAUGUAAAUACUGACACUGCAGCUGAUGCAAGUAAGACCUUACCGGAUUGUGAGAAUUCUCUUCCAUAUCCGGACCCUGGUCCAGAUUGUCCCGCCUGCCCAACUUCUCCCCCCGCAGCAUGCCCCCAGUGUAAAUGUGAUGCCCAGGACGCUGGGGACAAAGUUGCCAUUCCUCUGUUGAGGAAGUAUAUACUCUCAAUUCUGGAUCAUGUGAAACAUGAGUUGCCCAGCGCGGGUACCCAAGACUAUGUCAUGCACAUUUCAUUGUCAGCCAGUCAGGUUACAAUCCUAGAGAAAUUUACCAAGGGAGGUGAUCAAAAACAUGUACAUGAUGUGCAUGAAAUCCUGUCAGGCAUGAUCGGUCUUGUGGCGUCUUCGCAACUAGGUGCCAUAGAAAAAACUGCAUUGUGGACGGAGGAUAAGAUUGGACUCAAGUUGGACAGGCUUGUUCAGUUCGUCAUGUUGUUCACGCUGGCGUCCAUCAUACUGCUGAUAGAGCUGAAGCUGCAGAUACCCUGGCGUCGUCGAGUCAGUCAGCUCAUAGUGCUCAUGUUUGUCAUCAGUAUCCCGUGGACGUGGUUCGAGCUUUACAAGCAAGCAGAGAUCAAGCAGCACACCAUGGCAACAAAGUCCAUCCCAUCUGAGUGUAGCAAUGAAGGACAGGACGUGUGGUCCACUUUGAAGUCCUAUUUCACAUUCCAGGAUGACAAGUGUCAUGAGUACUAUGAACACCUCAUGAUAGACCCUUUAAUAAAGGUUCCACCUACAAAGGCUAUAGGAGUAACGUUUGUUCGUUUCUUCGUUGCUCCACUGAAAGACGUAGGAAGUGCAAUAAGUGAAUUCAUCCGGGCCCUUCUCAUCGACCUUCCCCUGACCUUGUAUCCGGUUGCCAUAGCUCUCGUGUCAGGGUUUUUCUUCAUGUUUCUCUUCAUGUGGUUUGGCUACAGCAUACGUCUGCCGUUUUUCUUGACAAUCGAGCGAAGCCCAGCUCUUGUUACCGGGGGUAACCAACAGUUGCAGCAGGCCAUCGAAGAAAAUAGUAGGCAGACAUUGGCCCAGCUGGAGAAAUUGCAAAGCCAUCUUGAUGCCACUGAGAAGCAGCUGUCAGAAAGGUUGCAGAGUUUGCAGCAGGUUCAGCAGGCGGCCAUUGAGUACAACUGUUCCUCCCAGGGGUCAUAUCCUUCACCCAGUCUCCCAGGGUCAAGGUCAGGUGUUUUGGUGGCCCCAAUUACACCGCCAGCUAGCCCAACAAAACACUCGAAUAUACCAAAGUUGUCAAACAACUUACAUAAAAGGUGUUCUCCUUUCAAAGCCAGUAAAACACAAUUAGGAAUGUCCGAAGAUCAUAUUGAAGGUCAAAGGUCAAUUUUUGCCCCAUCCUCAAGGUCAUCACCGCGGAAACAAGCUAGACUGGUGCAGUCGUGCGAUAAUCUCGGUGCUGAUGGUGAGAAUGUGGAUGGUAGUGAACGUGAUUUGAGUCCAAAUGAGAAAAGAGAGGAUAAAGAGAAUACUAAUGCAGCGUCUGAUUUUGUACAUGUUGAAACGGUGGGUUGUGAGGAUUGUUCUGAUCACGAGUAAGACUUAACUAAUAAAUUAAAUGAUAAUUUGUCCAUUGAAAGCGAAAUGUGCCUUAAAGUUGUCAUUCCUUUACAUACACUCAUUAUGAAACAUUGGGUAUAUAAUCUGAUAACUACUGUUUAUUGUGGUGUAUUUGUUUUCUAUAUUUUUUUCUGCAACUUGUUUAUUAUUUUGCUUCUGUAGAUUGUGGUGUACUUAAUAUGUUAUAUUCCCAUUAUUACUGUACGGGUGCAUAAUUAAUGAAAAAGUAAAACUAUGUUUCUAAUGUCUGAGUCAUUGAGAAAGCAUAAUCAGCUUCAUAAAUUUCUUGCUAUACACGUACCUGUUAAAACAUAACAGAAAACAUAAGAUUAAAGAAGUUACUUUACAUAAGUUAAUCUGCCAAAAUAAAUGGUGGUUUUUAUUAAUAGUUAUAUGAAAUUAACAACAGAUGCUACAGGGCAAAGCUUUGAUAAUUUUUCAUAAAUAAUUUGACAAACUUCGCAUUUGCUUGUGUCUAAUGUAGUGUUGUUCAGUUUAAGGCGGUGUCAGUAUUAAUUUAUAUUUCGGAGAUUCUUUUGAUUAAACUAGGGAACACUGGGAGCACUACCCUUGAAAAUCUCACAAAUAAAAUGUGCCUUGAUCUGGCUAAAAUGGGCUUAAUGCUUGUGUGCGCUCUGUCCUCCUAGAUUGGCCUGUGCAGACUGCACAGGCUAAUUUUUGAUGACACUUUUCAUCAGCAUUUAGUCCAGUUUUGCAAGAACACUGCUCAAAUAGCAGGACUUCAGAAAACCUUACAUGGCUUUCAUUGAUUCUCUUUCUGCAAUCUGCUGCUUUUCACUACAACUAAAACCACGCAAAGUAUAAAUUAUAAUGGUUUGUGCAAUUUAUGUUUUCAUGUUAAAUAAAUUCAGGGAUUUUAUUUUGCUUCAUUUGAAACAUUCAUAUUAUGUUUAAUGCUUGUAAGUCUCAAACACGGUAGACCGCUGGGCUGGUUAUACUUUAAACACUGUUUUCCCAUUUUGCAUGUUUCCCCAAUAUUUAUGUCAUUACCAUUAUCAACAAGUUAAUUUUCAAGUAUUGCUUGUUUUAAUUUUAAUUAUCUUUUUCCAAAUUGUAAAUUCAUUUUCUUUAAAAUGAAUAUCACAAAUAUUCCAAUGCAAUUAAUUAGAUUUUCAAUAUUAAUAUGAACGGUUGUGAAUAAAUUUCAACAUUUCAAAUACUGUUUAUAGUUUUCAAAGGAAUGACACAAGAAUAUUUAUAAGCUGUUGUUCGCUAUUGAUGUCAUUUAAUAUCCAAGGUAGCGUAUCAUCCGUUGUGUGUCAACUUUAGCUUAUAACCAUUAAAGAGGACACAUUGUUUAUACAAUCUUGAUGAAACUUUGUAAGAAUGUUUAUAUGGAAAAUAUAAGGCCAAAUUUGCAAUGCGUCCAAAAACUUCAUCGCCUGGUAAAAUGUAAAAUAAAACCUUUUUUACACUAUAGAGGCAAUAUGUAUACCGCUAUCUUGAGGAAACUUUGCCAAAAUGUUUAUCUUGGAAAAAUCUAGGCCAGGUUCAAAUUUGGAUCAUACGUGUCCUAUUACUAAGUAACUUGGUCAAAACUCACAAAAACUUUGUUACCACUUGAAAGGCAACAUUUAUGACAGAGUCUUAUUGAACUUGGUCAGAAUAUUUAUAUUUACAUCAUUUACUUUGAGGUCAAAAACUAGGCCACCAGGUCAAUUAUUUGGCAAUUGGUACGACUUGAACUCUGGUGAUCGCUUUUGCGCCAUUCGGGCCUUCUUGUUUUCAGCUCACAUGAGCACAACACCUUCAUUGUUAGUGUUUGUGAACACCUUUCGUCUGUUGUGCAUAUUUAAUUGCCAAUGUUUAUUUUUUUAAUACACAAGAGAUUCAUUGCAAAAUAUUAAUGAAAUCUGGUCAGAACCUUUUUCCCAAUCAUAUUCAAUCAAGUUUGAAACUGGGUCGCAUGGGGUUAAAAACUAGGUCACUAGAUCAACUUAAUUAGAAAGCUUGAGAACACUAGAAGUUGUUUAUUUUUCAAACUUACUUGAAACAUCUUUCCUUAUAAUAGUUUUGCCAAGUUUACAACUGGAUCAUGUGUUAUCAAUUAAAAAGGUCACUACGUCAAAUAAAAGUUUGUUAACUCUCUUUCCUUAUGUUUGCUCAAUCUUCAUGAAACUUGGUCAGAACAUGUCUCCCAAUUCUAUCUCAACAUAGUUUUAAACUGGGGUCAACAAGUAAGUAAAUUGAAAGAUUAAGUGGGGCAGAAAUUUGUCCUAAUGAAAUAUUAACCCAGUUUGAGAGUCAUGUUGGAUAAAAAUUCUAGUGAAUUGGUCAAAUUCAAGGAAAACUUUGUAAGCGCACAUUUUUGUGCAUCCUUUGAUGGAAUGUGAGUACAUUUGUCCUGUUUUGGUACAAAAAAAUACUGUAAGUCAUAUUAAAAAAAAAACUGUAAACAUUCUAUUUAUCACAUUAAUGUGUGCUUGUACUCAAAUAAAGAUCUCCAUUUAAACUUUCUUGGCCUAUUAUCAUGAAAGUACUUCUUUCAAAAUGCAGUCCCAAUUUCUCAGAAUUAACAUUUUUCUCAAUAUUUGUUUAGAUGACCUUAAUCAUGCUCAAUUUGGUGUUCACCAUUUUUUUUUUAGUUUGAGUCUGACUUAAACCUGAGAUUGAGGAGGAAAUAUCCUUGUAAAUAUAUAAAUUUGAGAUUGUUUGUGCACUGACCAACAUUCUCAAUACUGAGUUGAGUGGAAACUCAAAACUCAUCCUCUUAGUUGAUCUAAAAAAGUGAGAAUGUUCAUGAUGGAGAGCUCAAAAAUUGAGAAUGUUCAUGAUGGUCAGUCCAUGUGCGUACAUUGUUAGUAUUUGUAUUGCGUUCUAGUUGGCAUUUUUGUACCGUUACUGUGAUAUUUGACAUUUAUUUGGAAUAUUUCAUGUCAUUUCUUGGAUAAUCAUGCUCUUCAUAGCACUACAAAUGUGAUUGUGUGCUUCACUGUCCUGUCAUGUUUUCAUGCAUUUAUGGUAGUCUAAAUCAUAGAUAUUUUUGUAAUAAACUACAGCAUACAA